GUCUUCGCGCGCCGAGCUAUCUGGUUGGCACUCACGUCGAGUCGGGCACUUACAUUCGAAUUGACGUCGCACGUCUCUCGUUCUUGCCUCGUUUUAUCCUCGUGAUUCACACUGACCGCGCUCGCGCCAGUUUCGUCGCUGAGUUUUGUGCACCGUCCGGUUGGAACGCGCCGUUUAAAUCACCGACAGUUCGUUUUCUCAAAGGAAGUUAGACAGUGCUUUUUUUUGUGAUGUGCAUGGAAUUGACGAGCCACUUCAAGAUGACGAUCGUCUGGGUCUGCCUCAUCGGCCUGUUGUGUUCUACGGCUGUUAAAGCAUCGAAACCGAACCUAGUCGUGGACAUCGAGCCAAAACAUCAGACUGCCGUGCGACUGGGCGAAAGUUUGCAAAUUUUGUGCAGAGUGGGUAGACCACUACGGGUAUGCCGUGUUGAAAUACCUGGCGAAGAAGGUGGAAUGGUGUUAUCUAAGGGACAACCGUCUGAAGAUGGUAUCGAGUAUUACGGAGAAGGCACGGAGGCCGGCCAAUGCGGCGUUCACAUUGCCAAGAUCAAGGAAAGUCACGAUGGAAUUUUCAAGUGCACCCUGACAACUACCGAACGUCGAGCGGAGGCACAGGCAUCUACGAGAAUUAUCGUAGCCAAACCGCCGAAUAAUCCAGAGCUUCACGCUAGUCCUGGAUCCGAUGGAAGAAAUAUAUAUAGAAAAGGAGAAAAAUUGGAAGUGAGUUGCAGCGCACCAGCCGGACGACCAGCGGCCAAUGUUUCUUUGUUCCUUGACGACGAACCUAUUGGCAACGAAGAAAGACCUACGAUUUACGACUCGAACCUGGACGAUAACUCACUGGCCGUGCAAAAUGCAUCGCGUAGCUUGGAUUGGACGGACAAUGGAAAAAUCCUUCGAUGCGUUGCCAGCCACAUUGCACUCGACCGGCCUAAGGAAACUACUAUGCAACUGCAAGUUUUCUAUCCUCCUCAACCGCAACCAACCAUCGAGCGUUUUGGAUACGUAGUUGGACGCCAGGGUAUCGUGAACGUGACCGUUUACGCAAACCCUAGGCCGCAUUUCAAAUGGCGAGUGAACAAUGAAAUAAUCACCGAGGGUAACCCAGACGAAAGCAAUCGACUCGAAACCUCGACCGCUGUGGAUCUGGGAAGAGGAGCGUGGAGCGUGAUCCUGACGAUCGACAGCGUGCAAAAAUCCGACACGGAGAAGGACUAUAUCCUGGAAGCCCGUAACGACGAAGGGGCUUACGAAUAUCGUAUCAUUUUGUCGACAGCCACAGAACCCGCAGGGCCGUUCGGUCACUUCUAUGGUAAGCUCUCCGAACACAUGCACGCACUAGGCGUCGAUUUAGAUGCCGGUUCUAUCAUCGCCAUCGUUGUUGGAGCCCUGGUGCUACUUCUCACCGUUUUCAUAAUAAUUUUUGCCCGUGCGACCGGACGCUGGUGCUUCGCAGCGAGGCGUCGGGGCGACGAGGAAGCUGCGAGCGGUGUCGGCGCCGGAAGCGAGGCGCACAUCACCCCCGGGGACGAAGAUGAAGAGGAUCACGAGGACCCGCGUAUCAUCGAUGAAAAAAUACCGCAGGGUGGCCAGGAGAAUCCAAUACACGCGAGCACGGAAUACGUGAACGGCCGCACGGACAUCAAGGAGCCGAAAAAGGACGAGAAGACGGACACGCCUGUUUAAAGACCGAUCAUCCGUUUGACGGUCCAUUCAACGGUCGUUCCUUCUUCUGCGGCGGAAAUAACCUGCCACCCCUCGUUUCGGUUCGAUAACCCUUUGCAAAUCGAUCUCCAGUCACGUGAAAAAUAACAUCUUUGGGAUAUAUCUUGUUGCACGAUACUCGAUGCGUUUAGGUCGAGGUAAUUGGAUCGAGUCAUCCUAGGGUCAGAUCGAUAUUUAUUAUCGGCUGAAAUUAUGCAGAUUAUCGAGGAUCGCGGAGGCGGUCAUUAAAGUAUACGAUAAUUUAUGAUAUUACGAGUUUAAUAGUCGAUCGAUAGCUUUUAUUUCAAAGAAACUAAAAUCUCUUGAUUGAUGUCAAUUCGAUCCAACGUAUCUUGGGAACAAGAACACGCUAUGUUUUUCAGUUGUUCUGAAACUGCUUAUUAAAUGACACAGUAACUUCGGAUUAAAUUCACAGAAACUGCAAACAUACGCGGAAAGUGCAAAGGGUUUGAAAUUGACAGCAGAGAGGUACACCUGUCGUGUUUUCGUCCAAAAGUACGUACACGUGUUCCUCCCUGUCUGGUCAUACGCGAAUCUCAUUUUAGUUUAUCGAAACGAACUGCUUUCUUUUUUUUUUCGCACGAUUAUUGCGUAUUUAUUUUACGUGACGUAGUAUUAUUAUUUCGUCGGAGAAACUCCGUUCGCGUGGCAGAGUAUAAAAAAGAGAAUUUCACGUUAGAUCUGAUCCACUUUUCCGUUCGCUUUUUCACUUUUCUACGAUUUCCGUCUCUUCGAUGGCAGCUCUGUUCGUAGCCGGAAAAACGACCGUGCGCGAAUCGCGAUCAACCACGAUUCUCCGCUCGUCAACGAUCGGGAACGAUCCCUCGAUGCCUCGAUACGCAAUCGCGAAAGCGAACAUUCGGUAUCCUCAGUCGCCGUGUAUCUUUUGUAAAUAGGAUUUCGCGACGCGAUCCACCGUCGUCCAAUUGGCGGUUUUUACGCCGCUUUUUCUUUCUCCUCGACAACACACACAUUCACACACACGUCACAUUGAGAAAAAUUCGCUUCGAUCGAGUUACUCACACGUUACUACUUGUACAACCACACACGUCGUCGUACGAUCGUCAGCUUUUCGAGGAUCGAUUUUUCAACGAAGCGGAAGAAAGACGAAGCAAGGGAUUAUGGUAACAGGAAUCUCAAAUGUUUAUCUUAAGAAUUUACUUGAAAGAAAGAAUUGAUUCGUUCGUUCUGUAUCCUCGAGAAGUUGAAAGAUCGAAGUAUCGCUAAGGUAUCAUUGUUAGGUAACACGCGUUUGCGAGCUGUCCUCAGAUUAUACCACUCUAUUCUAAGUAAAAUCUUCGUAAUCGAGUUUCCCGCGUGAGAGGAGGAGAACGCCGAUAUCCGGAGAUCUGAGCUUGAGAAAGCAAGAGAGAGAAAGAGAGCUGUGUCUUUGCGGUUUGUCGUCUCGCUCUGACGCGAACGAAACCUAUCGUAUACUUGAACGCGAUGUCUAGCAAUUAUUGAAACAAAGUGAUUAAGCGUAUGAAGAAAAAAAAAAGACACGGAGAGGACGAGUCGAGUUCUCCGAGUAGUGAAAAAUGUCUCAUAUGCUAGCGCGAACAAAUCAAAUUUUGUAGUCGAGGUUUUUUUCUAAAGGACGCAUCGACAUAAAAAAAAAAGAAACGGGGCGGGAGGGGGCUAUAGGAAAAUCUAGAGCAAAAAGAAAAAAAGAAAGGAAGCAGGGAGAAAAGGUAUCGUAGGUAGGAAUUGCGCGUGCACGACAAACACAGAUUUUCCACGGUUGGUAAUUCACAAUUUUCCUUUCGCAAUUCGUUUUCCGCGAGUUUGUUUUAAACAUAUGCAACGCCGAACGUUUUAACGAAUUACACGAUAUAGUAACAAACGUAUACGGAAACGAAUGAAAACUUGCUUGUUUCCAACGCGUUAAACUUCCGACUGAAUUUUUGCAAAGCUCUUUCGGGGACGUGUCCCUUUCAACAACUCGGCGUGGUCGACGCGAGAGAGUGAAUUAUCGCUGUGAGAAGAAAUGCUUUACGUGCACGAGCAACGGAAUCUAUUAAAAAUAACGCCGUUACCACGUUCAAACAGCAGAAACAAAGAUAAAGAGGAGACAAACACAUUCCACGAUGUAGCUUUCGUUCUUAGACGCGCCCACCCUUUUAAUCCAGGACGUGCACGUGCUGACUGACACGUGUGGAUCGUAUCUCGCGUUUUGUAAUUUAGACAUAUUUUUAGUGGAGACAGUAUUAUUUGUACGUUUCGAAACGAUUCACUGGCCCGAAGCGGGGCGUGUUCUACCACGAUUUUUUUCACAGAUAGGUACGCGCCCUUAUAACGCGAUAGUUUUUUCUAUGUAUAAACGCGGUAUCGAUAUUGCACGUUCGAUCGACGAUCCAACGACUGUUCGAAACGAACAAUCUUUAUAAUACUCUUAAAAUACUCGGAUAUACCGUGACUCAGUAACAAUGGUUACGCACGUUUCGCAAGAGAAUUUUUACUUAACAAUUGUUAACUCCUCGAAAAUGUAUCGUUGCUUUUUAAUCUUCUUUUUACUGAAACUUUUUUACCACGAUUUUAUAACGAGACUUCAUGUUAAAGGUAUCUUUUACACAUGAGAUAGAUACGUUCUUUAAGAAUAAAAUGGACACAAAAAUUCCUAUAAAAAUAUGUAUAAUUUAAAACAUGUACUGGAAAAAUGAAACAAAAGUUAAAAAAUUAUCCGAAGGGUUAACGCGAUAAAUAAAUCACGCGAACGCUGCCACGUUUUCAGUUCAGCCGGAAGUGCAUCCACUUAUCGUGCGUCUUCGUAUCUUAAGAUCGCAACAAACACUGCAAGCAAUCUACGGCUAUCGUACUUUUUUACAGGAGAGUUUUUCAGCCAGAAUUUUAUAUCAUACAGUCACGUUGUCGAUUCACCGAUGAACAAAGCCCACCAUCAGACGAUGUCUGAUUUUAAAUGUAAAGAAAUGACUUUUGAUACGAAUCUCUACGAUCGAUACGAAUCAUCUGAUCAUUGGAUGUACUCGUAACGAUAAAAACGAUAAAAACGUUCGAUAAGCUCAACCAGAUUCAUUAGUGUCACAGUGCCCUCUGAAGGCGAAGGCAGACCUCGUUGAUUCCUUUUCAUUCGCGACAAAAACAACAUUUGCAAGUAUUUUUCGCUUUAACGAGAUUACAAAGGACGCUGUCCAUUUUUCCUUCCUCCAUCGUGACGUCCUGACGUCGGUUCUCGCGCGUCACCGAGCUCUCUCCAUUGACAAUCCUUUCUUUUCCUUUAAAUGUUCCUAACAGGUUCGAUCAUUUAACACUUCUACACCUUCGCCUCUGUGCGAAUAGAAUUCAGAAAAAGAGGGAAAUUUCUAACCGACGAUAAUCUUGACGGAAUAUUCAUCGAGCACCAGUUGUUCUUGUAGACGAAUCGCGUAAACUAUCGAUCGCGAAUUUCUUGAUUAUAAGAGUACAUACGAUUCAUCGAGUGUUAGUCCGCUCUCAAAGUGUCGUUUCUGGUUGAAGAAUACAAAAAACAACAUUGAAAGUUGAUGGAACGAUAUACAUAUAAUAUAAAGUAACUACAGAAGUCAUCAACCGCGACUGGAAUACUUUUCGACUAGUGAGUUUUGUGAUUUCAUUAUCAUUCCCGUCGACAAUAAGUGUUCUUUGUACUUUUGUACGGAUAAUCUUUGCUUAGCUUAAUCGUCAUCGAAAAAGAGAAAAAAGAAAAUGAAAGAAGACAAGCGCGAGAAGAAAGGAACGAACUUAUGAUUCUACGCUCGUAACCACAUACACGUGCACACAAUCAUACACAUAUAUUGUACGACACUCGCAGACAGGAAGAAACAAGUUCACGAACGUAGGUGUCCACGGCGUCGUAAACAUGAAUUAUUAAAUUAAGAAUAGUAAGGGAAAAAAUAGAAAAAAAACGUAAAAAAAAGAGAGAGGAGAGAAAGAAAAGAGAGGGUGAGAAGAAGCGAGAGUAUUGAACCCUGUGUGUGUCACUCGUUGACGAAACAUUUCCGAAUUCUGCACAUACACUCCUUCACUUUUUCCAUAUGCGAUCGUGUUUUCACUUACAAAGAGGGAUCGUCUCGUCCAACGAGUUCUCGUCGAUCUAAUUAACAUAUAAAAGGAAUUAACGCCAAUUUGAACAGUGAGCGUCAAGUAAUAAAUUUAACAGACAAAAAUUAAAAGAAGAGAAAAAGGAAAGAAUCUACCGAAGAAACUGGUCGGGCGAAGACGAUCGAAAAAAAUUACAUGUUGUAUAUAUUAAAUAUAUAUAUAUAAAAUAAAUAAAUAUAUAUAUAUAAAUAUAUUAUAAAUAUUAUGAUACGAGAUUGAAUAUAAUAGUAAUGAAUAUAUUAUAUAUUCUGUGUCGAGGGCACUUGGCUUGCAACUCGUAAAUAUUAACUGAAUACUUAUUUAUCCACUUGCACUCCAAUUGCCGAGCGACCUGUCGUUAUCCGUGAAUUUUUUGAGAGGAAGACUAUUAUCGGGCAAAGAAAUAAGGUUAUAUACAACUUAAGCGUGAGUUUUAACGCGAAAGAGAAGAUCAUCGUCCGAUCGUGAAUAGAGAAAAGCGAUCGGACGAGACACAGUGCGGGAAAGAAACUAGAGCGUUGGAUUAUUUAAAAAGUAAAUCGAUUAAACGUGGAUGUACGUUGCCAAUUAAGUACUAUUCUGUAUCGUAUUCGCGAUGUCGAAGCGUUGUUUGUGCCGUUAAAGAGGCUGAGCCGCAUCCGUAUGUCAAUGUGCCGUGAGCAACGCACGUUCCGACACCUUUUGUUCCGCUAAGUCUGAGGACAAACUUAAGGAGAGGAAGGGAAAACCUGAUAUAUCUGUUUAAAUUGAGUUAUCGUACGCAUUCUUUCCAUUGGUUAUUGUACAAAGAAGUCACUUUAUGCUGCCAAUUAAUUUAUAAAAGUCUCGUCUGGUAGAACAAAUGGGCGUCCUCGUGCGUUCCCAACGAAUCACAUGUAACUAUUGUGGUAUAUAUUAUGUGUACGAACGAUUAAACGUAUUAGUGUAUGUAAUAGAGCCUAACGCAAAGGGAAGAAACACGCGUCUAGUUAAUCUAAACUCAUAAUAGACACGCGAGGGGAUGAUUCGAUGAUACGUUCAAACGACUAACGAGACCAGGGCCGCCCGAAUUUUUUUAUACACACAUACAGCGUAGGUUAUAUACAAUUUUGAAGCAUUUUACCAUAUUCAUAUCUGAAGAAACUAUCUUUCCCUUGUGAUUCGUUGUAACGAAGGCAACCAUUUCUUACAAGAGAAAAGCAAAUGUUUGAAUUGCUCGAACACGAGGAUAUUUCUUAUAAUUUAUGAAGCAUAUCUUUGGCGAUCUCUUCUGAUUCUAAGAAUGUUUAAAAACGUGUGCAAAGUAUAAAUUCCUGCGAACGCGUGACAGUAACGUUAAAUAAAAAUGAAAUAUCUUGUUUGAACAAAAAUGGACGUCUUAUGAUUUUACAGCGAAUCAUAGCAGAACGAUAUGACGGGAGUAAGAAAGGAUCAGCACAAAGCGGAUUGCAAAGGGCGAGAAGCCGAGUCGAAAAUAAUCACUGCCAAAAUAUACACUGAAAACCUCUGGAAUCUUUUCCACGGUAAUUCGAGACACGAAGGAUUUCUCCGUUUCGCUCGAAUCCCCUCUCGGUCUUAUUGUUAGUCCUACGCGCGAGAAACGAAUUUGUCGAAGAACUUGCUACCGUACGUGCGGAGCAAAGAGAAUAAUGGCAGAGAAGAAAAGGAAAGAAAUAGACGGGCAUUCGUUGCCGUCUGUGGUACAAUCUGUGUUCGACCUGUUCGGCCCGCGUACAACGCGACUACGACAAUGAAAGCACGUCGAAACGAUAAUCGAUUAACGCGAAAACGAUGGAAAAAGGGAAAUAGGGAGUUUUAAGAUAUAGAGGAGGAAGUUUUAAAGGAUAUUACGCGCGGAUAUACGUUGAUGUACAAAAAAUUCCUUGCGGUACAUUUUAAACGAUAUUAAGCCACUUAUUUUGUAAUUCAUUUCUAUUGUUCAUUAUUUGUAAUGGUUAAUUAUUUAAAUGCAACGAUGAUCAUGCUGCGAUUACACUCGUAUACAUACGUGUAUUAAGAUACAUAUAAGUAUGCUGCUGUUAGGUUAUUGAUAUUGGAUCUUUUUUUUUUCUUUCUCUUUGUAGAAUCUAAAUAAGAUACGACCGAUAAACGAGACAAAAUGGCGAAAUUGAAGAUUUGUAAAACUUCUAAUAAAUUAACGACGAAGAUUUUAGUGUAAUAUUAACAUGAGAAAGCAUGAUCGUUGGCCAUACAAUGGAGUAUAUAUAUAUUAUAUAUAUAUACAUAUAUUUAUGUUAAGUCUAGCUAUUAGAUAUGAUUAUAAAGAUCACGAAAUAUUGACGAUCGCGAAUACCUGAGUAUGGUGUUCUCUGAAACAUUUUUAGAAUGUGAAUCAUCGAUAGGACGAGCACAAGCAUACAUUAUAAUAUAGAAUUGAAAAGAACCGAUUACGCUCGGAAAAUUCAGUUCUUUUGAUAUUCCAUAUAAUUUGACGCAAUGACGUUGAUUUUAUCAAAAUCUUUUCGUGACGAGGGCCCAAUAUGCAAACAGCAUCACAGCGGUGGAAACACUUUAAGAAUACUUCAGAGAUCACUAGUUUAAACGUUAAAGUUUAAAAACGAGAAGAGGAAAGGAGAAAGAGAAACAAUUUAAAAAAUCACUGUUUAACAAAACGAACAAAAAAAUACGAAAAAGAAGUAACAGAUAAAAGACAAUGAGAUUUUGAAUGUUAUACGGUCGAUAAAUAAAAUAACGAACACACAAAUCUACACCAACACAGCCGCAUCUCCACACUUACACUGCGACCAUAUGAGAAACGAAUACGAGAAAAGAAUAUGAACAUUUUGUAUCUGUACUUGUAGAUACAACGCAAUAGGCAGAAGUAAAUCUAAUUAAGAAUUCAAAUGAAAUUAAUAUAUAGAAGAGCUGUAUGUAAUUAAUUGUAAGUUCAUUCAUCGCUAUGAUAUUAUACUUAGGUAUUAUAUGAUUUUUGAAAUAAAACAUUUGUUUUAAAUACA